UACAAACGUAAUCCUCACAAUAUUAAUACGCGAUAUAAACAUACUAUUUGAAUUUAAUUUUUUAAGGAUCGAAACCAUUGCAAUAAAAGUUGUAUAGCGAUAUGACUUAAUUGAUCAAAGUUUUACUAGCAAUUGCAACUGACUCUAAUAAUCCAUUUUCUAACAAUGGUUCCCCAAUUUAAUCUACUCACCAAGUUGUCUUGAACACGCUACUCAUGAACCACUGGACCACCAACAAGAAGAAUUCUAAUACAUUAAUCGUAUUUUAUAUCGGAUCAGUUUUAAUGCAAUUCAGUUCAUGUUUGUAGUUUGCCGAAGAAAGAUGCAGAAAGUUCGAUGCCUUCGUGGCUUAUUCUCGUUAGUAGUGCUUUUAUUAAGUAACUGGCUUAUUACAAAUAUUAAUGCAUAUCCGACGCAACUUAUAAAUCCUUGGAAAAAUAAGACAGAACCACCACCGAUAUCGAAAUUACUAAGAAAGACUUCAAGAAAGACUUCUUCUGGGAUAUCCAUUAGUUAUAGACGUGAGUGAAGAAAUAAAGUUCAUUCACUGAUUAUGCUUGAAGAACAAAAAGUAGAAGAAGUAGAAAUAAAAAAUCAUUUAAAAAAUACCUCGAUAUUUUAUGUAUUGGCAGUUAAUUCGUGGUCACAAUAUGAUAAUCCUGAAGAAGGUAUAAAACGAGAAGGAGAUAUAUAUUUGUCGUCGAAAUCGAGAAAAACCAUUACGGCGGAUAAAACUUUAUUAUGGCCCAAUGGUAUAGUGAAUUACUACGUUGAUUCGUCCAUAGGUGAGAUGUUUCUCAGCAAUUUAAGUCAAAAUAUCUGAUCUAUACAAUCAAGAUAAAUUUGGAGAUAAAGCAUUUACAUACAUAUUCUAUUAAAAAUCAAAUCAUAUUCAAGAACUAUUUAAAUUACUGAUAUUUAAGGAUCUUAUCCGUUUUAGUAAACGAGCCGUCGAAAUUAGCUAUGCUGAAAGAUGCGUUACAUACUAUAAUGUCGAGGACUUGUAUCAAAUUCAUACGUAUUAAAAAAUAUGAAAACCUACCAGCAAAUAAUUGGAUCAAUAUCACAGGCCAUCAAAAAGGUUGCUUCUCCGAUUUAGGACGUAAUGCGUAUGGAUAUACUACGCUAAAUCUAGAUGUAAACGCAUGUUUCCGAACGGUUGGCCAUUCGAUGCAUGAGAUAAUGCACACCCUAGGUGUAUAUCAUGAGCAUAUGAGACCAGAUCGCGACAAAUAUAUCACUAUAAUAUGGGAAAAUAUAAGAAAGGAAGUUACAUUCAAUUUCCAUAUAUUAAAUAAUAGCAUCGUAACUGAUUAUGGAUUACCGUACGACUAUGACAGUGUAAUGCACUAUUCGAUGACGGCGUUUUCUACUGAUAAGUCACUUCCUACGAUAAUACCUAGGGUAAUAUGACAAAUUUUUAAAUAUCAAAGAUAAUAAUUCACGAUUACAAAAAAAAA